ACAAGGCCAAGUUUGUAAUUCUUUGCAUUGGUAAAUAUAGUGGUUUUCCAAAUAUUCCAGAGUUCCCUGCUGGAAAAGGACCAGAAAAUUUUAAGGGUAAAGUUAUGCAUUCUAUGGACUACUCUUCCUUGGACAAUGAGAUUGCUGCUGAAUUAAUAAAAAACAAGAGUAUUACAGUCGUAGGCUCCGGAAAGUCAGCUCUUGAUAUAGCCGCCGAAUGCGCAAAUGCAAAUGGAGUCACCCAUCCUUGUACGAUUAUUCAUAGAAACGCGCAUUGGUUUCUACAAGAUUUCAACAUUUGGAGCAUUAGUAUUGGAUAUUUCUAUUUCAACCGUUUUGCAGAACUUUUAGUUCACAAGCCUGGAGAAAACUCCAUUCUUUUCCUCCUUGCAACUUUACUUUCACCAUUGAGAUGGGGAAUUUCAAAACUUGUUCAAACAUAUCUAAGGUGGAAGUUUCCACUGAAAAAGUAUGGAUUAGUACCGAAUCACAGCUUUCUUGAAGAUAUCUCCUCAUGUCAAACUGGAAUACUUCCUGAUUUCUUUUUUGACAAAGUGAAAGAAGGAUCCAUUGUGAUAAAGAAAGCACAAAUCUUUAACUUCUCCAAUGAAGGUUUGAUUAUUGAUGGAGAUGCUAAGCCUAUAAAAACAGAUUUAGUUAUUUUUGCCACAGGAUAUAAAGGUGACCAAAAACUUAGAAACAUAUUCAUAUCUCCAAUAUUCCAAAAUUACAUUUGCAGGUCAGGAAGAUCAUCAGUUCCCCUUUACAGGGAAAUAAUUCAUCCUCGAAUUCCACAAUUGGCAAUAAUAGGAUACGCUGAGAGCAUAUCAAAUAUUGUUUCUGACGAAAUGAGAUGUCAGUGGUUAGCACAUUUUUUAGAUGGAAAUAUUGAAUUGCCAAGCAUUAAAGAGAUGGAAAAGGAUGUCAAGUUAUGGGAAGAAAACAUUAAGCAAUAUGCUGGAAAACUUAAUUGGAGAUCAUGCAUUGUUAGUUGUGGGAUAUGGUAUAAUGACCAAUUGUGCAAAGAUAUGAAAUGUAACCCCAAAAGGAAGAAGAAUCAUUUUGCAGAGGUAUUUGAACCAUAUGGACCUACAGAUUAUGUUGGUCUUGUUAGAAAAUGAUUUUUUUUUAAA